CUGCACUUAAAUUCGAUAUUGUACAUUAAAUUUCUUUCCUCAAGCUGACCAAUUUCGUAUGCAUCCAACUUUAACUUUAUGCCAAACUUUUACGUCCAAUAAUAGUUGCCUUUUCAUUCCACAAUAAAUAUUUGAUAUUUCUAGCCAAUUAGUUUAUCCAAGAAAAGGUUGUGUUCCAGAAACUUGCAGAGUUCCAAUCCAAUGGAUGAUUGGGUCAAGAAGCACAUCUCUGUUUAUUCAACUCUGAUUCUAUCUCUCUGUUAUUGCCACUUCAUUUCUUCAAGAUUCCCAAUUGGUUUCUUCAGGCUGAUUUCACUUCUCCCCAUUUUCUACCUCUUCACAAUCCUUCCCCUGUUUCUCCCCUCUGUUUUCUUCACUGCAGUUUUAGCAUUCUUCAUCACAUGGCUUGCCAAUUUCAAGCUGAUUCUUUUCGCUUUCGGACAGGGUCCACUUUCCUCGGACCAAUCAUCCAAAUCCCUUCACAUUUUCAUCACAUCUGCGGCUCUUCCCAUAAGAACAAAACUUAAAAAUUACCCAUCCUCCCAAUUGCAAUCAAAAUCCACGAAGAAAAUACCCAUAAUAAAUAAUUUAGGGACAGAAAUUUUGGCCUCUGCUAUUUUGAUUGCCGUAUUGGUUGAUUACAAAGACAAACUUCAUCCCAGAAUUUUGUUACUGGCCUAUUGUUGCUUGGUGUUUCUAUUGGUGGAUUGUUUGGUGGCUUCCUCGAGUUUUUUGGUCCGUGCUUUAGUGGGAUUGGAGCUUGAACCGCCGUCCGAUGAGCCGUAUUUAUCAACGUCUCUCCAAGAAUUUUGGGGCAAGCGGUGGAAUCUCACCGUGACGAAUACGCUCCGGCAGACGGUGUACAAGCCGGUGAGGUCAGCGUCGGCGGCGGUACUGGGCGGCGAAUUGGCCCCUCUGCCGGCGGUUUUGGCGGCGUUCUUAGUCUCGGGUUUAAUGCACGAGCUUUUGUUCUAUUACGUGACCCGGGCGAAACCCAGUUGGGAAAUGACGUCGUUCUUCGUUCUGCAUGGGAUUUGUGUUGUUUUGGAAUUCGGGAUGAAGAAAGCGCUGAACGGACGGCUGAAUUUGCCGUGGUUCGUGUCGGGGCCGUUGACGGUUGGGUUUGUAGUUGUGACUAGUUUUUGGCUCUUCUUUCCGCCGUUGAUUAGGAACGGUGCCGACGCUGUGGUGUUCGAAGAGUUCAGAUGCUUUGGGGAACGUGUUCGGAAUUGGAUGAUGACUCGAGUUGACGGAAAUGUUGGCUUCCGGCAGUGAUGGCGUCGGUCGGAAUGUGAAACUAGUCUUCAAUUAUAUAUUGUGUUACCUUUGUUAAUGCUAAUGAACAUGACAAAGCAAACUACAGACCAAAAUUGGUUGUUUGGUUCGAUAAUCUUUUAGACUUCUCUUUAAAUUAUGCACUAAUUUGUUUUCAUCACGAAGUAGAGACUAGUCCUUUUCUUUUUGCUGUAUUUAAAAGAAGACGGAAGCAUAGAUUAAAUCACCACCUUAUGUGGAUGGAAACCAAGUACUUUUAAGAGUCCAUAUAAUCCCAUCCAACCCUAUAAUUAUAGAGGUUUUC